UAAAGCAUACUUGAUAAAAUAAAGUUGAAGUAUAGUACUUCUUCAUACAUGACAGAUUGUGUAGUAUUCUGAUUAUGUAGUGGUGUUGAACUCUCCAACUCUUCAGACAGUCAUGUUUACUCUGGCGCCAUCUUUUGACAGAAACACGUUACUGCAGCUUAGAGGUGAAGAGUCAGAAACACAUGAGAUCAGAGUUAGAUUGAUGAGAUGAAGACAGCCAACAUUUAGAGUGAAAUAAAAACUGUGUGUCUACUCUCACAGGGAGAAGAUGAUCUGCAGCAUCCUGCUGCUCAUCAGCCUGACCUCCUGUGUCUCUGGAUCAUUUGUAGUGAAUGUGACACAGACCUCCUAUCAGGCAGAAGAGAACCACAGCAUCACACUGGAGUGGAUGUUCACAACCAGAAGUCACAGUUCCCCCAACUCACUUUUUAUCUACUGUGAACUGUCAGCUGAUCUCAGACCCUCAGUCCUGUUUUGUUUCCAUGAAGGUGUUGAGGUCCCAGAGUCUCAGGAUGAACAGUUUGCAGGACGAGUCCAGUGUGACGAAGACGUCCUCAGAGAAGGACGACUCAGACUUCAUGUGUCCAGACUCAGGACUAAUGACUCUGGUCUGUACCGGUGUGACGUGUUCACAGGUUAUGGGAGGAACUCUGGGAAAUGCUGGCUCAAUGUCACUGGUAAGUUGAGAGCAGCUCCUGAUGAGCCCAGACCUCAGAGACCAACAGUGAGUCCACAACCAGAGAGUCGGGGAAGGAUCGGCCUCUACGCUGGACUGGGACUGACAGCAGCAGCUCUCUGUGCUGGACUCUGCUUUGCCUUCAGACGUUCUUUUACUAAAUCUACUUAUAAGAAGGGAAUCAUCUGUGCAGUCGUAUAAAGUUCCUCAGAGAAACAACCCAUCAGGACUAACAGGACUCUGUCUGGAGGACCCCCUUUGAAUGAGUCUUGAUGAACUUUAACUUAUUUUGUUUUUAAUGCCUUUUAUCAUUUUUUAACUGUUUUUAUUGCCUGGCUUUAUUUAUGCCACACUGCUCUACCUUAUGAAACUAAAUUAAGAUCCAGCUAUUGAGUCAAGUAUUUGAGAGGCUCUUCCAAACCUAUAGGUGGCGUCGUCGGACAUCUUGAAGCAGCCAUGCCACAAGAGUACUAGUCAUUUCAUACAUCAUCCCGACUGCUUCAAACAGUAGGGCCUAACCUGACCUGUAACCCUUUGUGCUCACUGUGGACUCUGGAAGCAAAGGUAAAAGCUUACAGGCAUAGAAACUAUUUAUUGUGAUUUUAGCUUAGACACAUAAAACAUAAAGCCAUUCUUGUUGUUUUUAAGAUGCCAAAACUGUCAUGGU